CGACGGUGUUUUUUGUUCAUUCGUUAAUCUACCAUCUUUCUAAGACUUAAUUCGACGUCUGUCGUCGUUGGAGAUGCCAAAGAUAAGUUCUGACAGCCACUUUUAAUUACACAAGCGAUUAAUUUCAAGCGACAAUACAAAUACGCUACGGAGAACACAGUCGAUCGUAACGCAUAAUAAUAGUCGCCAUGUUCAUCCGUAUGUCUCUGAAACAAAUACAAUGUUUUCUUUUUCAACGUCGUCUCGUACGUAAAAUCCAAGUCGACCGUCGAAGAAUCGUGAUGAUUUGAGCGAGUCAGAGGCUGUUAGCGAUUAAACACACCCACGAUUGGUCACGUUGCCUCGAAGAAUUCGUUCGUCAUAAGACAAAGGGAAACACAGCUAAGCGCUAUGAGAGUGGUGGUGGUAACGAAGAAUUUCUCAAGUCGAACGACCAGAAGAACGUGCUAAUUUAUUUGACGAAUCCAACUAAUACUCUGUUACUGACGAGGCUGAUUCACUAGUUCGCUGUUUCACCGUAGUAGUAAGCAUUCGGAAAUCGGAAAAUAGAUCAGAUUCCAACUGAAUCUAAACACGUUAGUACCGGUAGGAACAUUAACUAGAUCACGCGCUUAUCUCAUCUCCACGCGACGGUAAGACUCGUCGUCGUUCGUCACGUCACAUAUAUUCCUGCAUUUUUUUCGGAACGGAUUUCACUCGACUUCGAGUGACGAUCAAAAUUUAAGAGAAAUAUAAAUAAAUGAAUAAGGUGACGCGAAUGAUUCGGAAGCGUAGUUCCCUGACUACGCGUCCGAGUCCGUACGCGGGCGUUGAGAGGGAGUGGCCCAUUCACUAUUCACUAUUCACUAUUCACGCGUGACGCACGCGCGAGUACGCGCGCUCCGGUUGCCUUCAUUCAGAAAAUUCUGUACCCGGUUAAUACCCGGAAAUUGCGCGGUGGUGGGUAACACGGGACGUUGGGAGAAUUGCUGCAAGACGCGGAAGCUCGACGAGAGGACUGACGAUCGGAAUUAACACUCGACGAUGGAACCGAGGAUGUGGAAGAAUUUACCAUGGUCGCGAGUCUCCUUAAUUACGAUCGAAAAAUACGGUCGUUCUAACUAAACCUAACCUAAACUCUACCUAAACUAGGCACUAAUAACGAGGCUCUCGUACCGGAAAAAAUAGCGCGGCGGGCUUUAUUUUGCGUUGUACGAUGAAUCAGCGUCAUUCAUUCAAGGCUCGAUCCUCUGCGGAACGCGAAAUCCUCCACGAAGCGAGAAUGCAACUAAAUCGUGGAUCGAUUAUUAUCCAAAUCCGAGUACCUAUCGCUUUUAUCUGCGCGCGAAUCGUGAAUCACGGCAUAACUUUGUGCUCACGGCGACGAGGUUACGAUCACGUUUUAAAGCUUGUUUCACGAUUUAGUGACGGGUCGUUAGACCGGGGGACGUUAUGAUACUUGGUACGAUUUCGCUGAUCGUAACCAUUAAAUUUCAUCCCUUACGGAAACGUUUGCAACUAACUACACACGAUGUAGAUAAAACUAAGGUAAUUCAUGCACGCGUAGAUACAUGAGCGAGUACAUAAACUUCGAAAUCGAUGCGCCCAAGUUCUAAUAAAAAAGUGCUCUACAUUCUCGUCAAGUGGCAACGUGUAAACUAAUUUUAUCUCUCGACGUGCUCUCGUCAACGACUCGUUUGUUGCGAGAAAAAAUAAGCAGCAAGAUCGUCGUAAGAGACUUGUCAAAUAACAAAUCUUGCACAACAUGUUCCUCUGUUUCGUUGAAAAUUUUCUGUGAUUCAGCUCGAAACGAAGAAGGAAAACGGAAGCAAGUACGUAUCGCGUUUUAUUCGCCGUUAUUAAUAAUAAAUUCGGCCUGUAAUCGCGCGGCCGCGGUUAAAUAACUGUAUCAUAUCGGGCGGGAUACUUACGAUCAUCGCGCACACGCGUAUCAAUCCACUCGGACAUCAUCUGUCUUAUUCACACAGCUCGUCAACGUGCAAAAUCUAACCGGUUUCACUGGAAUUGGAAUUAAGUAUACAAUUGUACAAAACCAGCACGUUUCAGUACGAUGAACAAGUCUAACAUUGCGAAGAGACCACUACUAUUGCGGCGGCGGCGACGACGACGAUGCGGUGGUUGAUAGAAUUCGAUUCGCAUCCGAAUUCAACAAUUACUUGUCUCAAUUCGGCUACUUACAACCAAUGAAUCCGACGAGUGGUGGUAUCAUAUCUCAAGACGCGCUGUCCAAAGCCGUUGCAGAAUUUCAAGCGUUUGCCGGAUUAAACAUAACUGGUGACUUUGACGAAGAAACGUUCAAGCUAAUGGCAUUGCCAAGGUGCGGUGUCAAAGACAAAGUGGGCCCUGGCUUUGGCAGGUCGAAGCGUUACGCUCUUCAAGGCUCGAGGUGGCGCGUGAAGAAACUGACGUACAAGAUCAGCAAGUAUCCGCGAAAUUUGCCGCAGCACAAAGUCGACGUCGAGUUGAACAAAGCGUUCAAAGUGUGGUCGGAAUACACGGAUCUCACUUUCAUUCAAAAGAAGUCGGGCCAGGUCCAUAUCGAGAUUAGAUUCGAGAAAGGCGAACACGGAGACGGAGAUCCUUUCGACGGACCUGGUGGCACUUUGGCUCACGCUUAUUUCCCCGUAUACGGCGGCGAUGCCCAUUUCGACGACGCGGAACAAUGGACCAUCGACAGUUUUCGUGGCACGAACCUGUUCCAAGUAGCGGCUCACGAGUUUGGCCAUUCCCUCGGUUUGAGCCAUAGCGACGUCAAGUCUGCCCUAAUGGCACCUUUCUACCGCGGAUACGAGCCCUACUUUCAGUUGGACGAUGACGAUAUUCAGGGUAUUCAGUCUCUGUAUGGAAAGAAAUCAGUUAAGAACGAUGGUGGUAGUGGUGGUGUUCCAAGCGGCGGCGGGCCAAGAUACGGAACAACGACCACGUCACCGCCGAGCGAAGAGGACUCGGAACUUUGCACAGAUCCGAAGAUCGACACAAUGUUCAAUUCCGCGGAGGGUCAUAUAUACGUAUUCAAGGGCGAUCGUUACUGGCGUUUGACCGCGGAUGGUGUCGCGGUCGGCUAUCCGAAGCUCAUUUCGCACUCAUGGAAAGGACUGCCAGGAAACAUAGACGCUGCGUUCACGUACAAGAAUGGAAAGACUUACUUCUUCAAGGGCUCGAAAUAUUGGAGAUACGUGGGCAAGAGAAUGGACGGAGAUUAUCCGAAAGAAAUCAGCGAAGGAUUCACGGGAAUUCCAGACAACAUCGACACCGCUACCGUUUGGACCGGGAACGGGAAAAUCUACUUCUACAAAGGUACAAAAUUCUGGAGGUUCGACCCUGCGCAGAAGCCACCUGUGAAAAACACUUAUCCCAAGUUGACCUCGAACUGGGAAGGCAUUCCGAACAAUCUCGACGCAUCGAUCGUCUAUCGCGGUUACACGUAUUUCUUCAAAGGAGAUGCUUACUAUCGAUUCAACGACAGAACGUUCUCCAUGGACAUCGCCGACCCAGCGUUCCCCAGGUCGACGGCCUACUGGUGGUUCGGGUGCAGAUCUGCGAACAGAGGAACAAUAGGUAAUGUCCAAUGGCUUCUCGGUGAGAAUCCCGAGGAAGCAUUUUCGCCGCACGACAGCAUCUUGGAUUCGGCGGCGGCAGUCGACGAUGACUACGAUUACUUGGACGAUAGCAACGGGAGCGUUGGCGAUAUCAUUUUGGACGCAGGCGAGACGGACGAGCAGCUAGUCACGUCUUCUAACCAGGAUGCGGAUUCUGCGGCGGGCAGCAUUUUCAAACUAUCGUCAUCGGUAUCAUGGUACCUUCCACUCAGUCUGAUGACCACAAUCGUCGUUAAGAUUAUUACCGCGACGUAGAGCAAAACGGCACCGGAAUCAGCUGUCAAUGAAGAUCGCGUGAGACGAUAGGAUAGAUGAUCAUCGAUGAAUGAAAGUUAAACGGGGCAUUCAAACGGGCUGUUUUACCGUAUGUAUGUAUGUGUGUGUGGGGGGGGGGGGUUGCGUGCGUGUGUGCGUGAUUCGAAGUGUAACUAUACGCGAGAAAAAAGAACUGUGCCAAAGCUGGUGUGUGGCAAUGCGAAUGAUCAUCGCCCACGGAGCUGUGCACGAACGAACUGUUACGCUUUGUCGUUUCAAAUCUUCUUUCGCCGCCGUUGCAACAACCAUUCCGGUCGAAGUAUUGUACAUACUGUGUUACGCGUAAAAUUGUUUGAAACAUUUCGCUUCACCACCGUAGUGAGUUUUGAACUCUCUUUCCCGCGCGACACGUAUCACCACCACCAUAAGAUGCGUUCUGUUCGGCGACUUCGCAUCUCGUGUAAGUCGUGUUUAAUGAUUGAAUUCGACGACGGAUCUUGCGAGAUACGAUGCUGCACGCUGCACGUAAUGUAAUAUACACGAGACAUGUAAAAUAUGUUUAUACAUAAUGUUUUAAGUUUAAUGCAAUAUUGUCUCAUGAAACUCUCUCUGUACACUGCCUAUUUAUUCCUUACGUCGUUGUACGCCGUGGAUCGUUACGAAACACGUUAACGACAGAGGCACUUUAUUUUGCGUAUUCGUAUAUGUAUAUUGGACACGAUGUGAGUUUUCUGAAAAAGAAGAAUGUUUCUCUCACGAAACAUGAUAACAACAGAAAAUAAAGACCGAUCAAUCGGUCUGUGUUGACUGUCAACUGAUUUCGAGUAUUACACGCGACGCACUGUCGGUCUAUCGAAUCGAAAUCAUAGGUUUUAGAAGUGAUCGACAGAUCGAGUGCGAUCUUACAGAACGCGGAAUCUGUAGAGUACUCACUACGUUAUCGCGACUGUAAACGAUAAAAAGUAUUCAUCUUCCGGACACAAGUGCCUUGAAAUAUCUUCGAAAUAUAUGAUAGUAAAAUUAUUUGUCUUUCUAAUCUGUACGGACAAAACAACUUUAUUCUCAUUUCUCCAUUUCUAGUAUUUCACAUUAUACAGUAUUUAGAGCUGUAAUAUCAUUUGAUAACAUCAGUUGUGCGUGUUAAUUCGUAUCUAAUAUAAACCUGUCAAUCGACGAAUUGAUUAAUGAUACGUACGUAUGUAUAUGUGAAAGAAGUAAGUUUUAUUACCUUGCAAAUAAUUAUACAUUGUUCGUAUCAUACUUGGAAACCAAAAUUACAUUAAACAUAAAAGAUAAUGUAUGGUGCCAGAUCCAGAUACAGCAAGUGUAUGUAACACUGACACGAGACGACAUUACUGUAUGUUUCUUUACACUCUGAGUAUAAUACUAUAUCGUAGUUUUAUCCUAAAUAAAUUUGCGAGUACUUAAGAAUUAGUUAGCGUGUAAGGUCAGAAGGAUGAAGCACAAAAAAGCCCUGUACAGUUUUCUAAUAAUUGUUAAUAAUAAAUUGUUUUUUCAAAAAGAAAA